AUGGACGACUCGACGCCGAAUAAUCCAGACAGCAAAACCCCGCAGAAGAAUGCCUGUGCGAGCUGUGCUCGGCGUAAGAUCAAAUGCGAUCGCCAAGACCCUUGUUCCAAUUGCGUCAAGUCAAGCAUAUCAUGCGAUUUCUCUCUUCGUGUGACUCCCGUGAGAAGCCGCAAAAGACCUGCAGAUGAGAGUGUACAUGCCCGUCUUCAUCGCUAUGAAGAAUUGCUUCAGAAAAACAACAUCGACUUUGACUCUUCGGAGGACUGGAUUCAUACCACUGUUAAGCAGCAAGAUGAUUCUUCAUAUACCCUUCAGACGACAUCAAAUAGCACCUCGACUGUUCUAAAACACACAAAUGCACAACAGAACUGGUGGGCUGAGUUAAGCGAAGAGCUGAAAAAUCCCACAGAGCAGCUCCCGCCGCCCCGGACUCAUGAGGAUCCACCGUCGGUAGAAUCUUCUGUACCUACUUCCCCUGAAACUGCGGCUUUGCUUUUCGGGAUGCAGAGAGGCUCUAGAUAUGCAAAAUCCCAUCCGCUCCCUGCCAUGAUUUUCAAAUUCUGGCAAUUCUUUGUCGACUACGUCAACCCGCUCAUCAAAGUCAUCCACCCCCCCACAAUGCAGCGAGAGAUUUUGAAGGCCAUGGACAAUUUGGAAGAAGUUGACAAACCUCUCGAAGCACUUUUGUUUUCCAUAUAUACCAUUGUAAUCGCGUCCGUAUCAACCACAGACUGUUUGUCUAUGUUUGCGUGCGAAAGAGCCCCUCUUCUAGCUCAAUUUCGAACCGCGACUCAGCAAGCUCUCGUCGAUGCAGACUUUCUCCGUACCACGGAUUUUCAAGUCUUGCAAGCUCUUCUUCUUUUUAUGCUGUGUGACCCUAACUCCGAGGAAAGCUUCAUUUUAUCCACAGUUAGUGUGAGAUUGGCCGAACGACUCGGUGUUCUUGGGAAAGACAACCCGGAGCUGUCUUUUUUCGAAAAUGAAAUGCGCAAUAGAGUAUGGUGGCAAAUAGUUUUCCUGGACGCCCGCGCUGCAAUGGCCAGGCCUAACAUUUCCGUCAAUGUAACGGCUGCUGAAAUGGACACGGUUAGGCUUCCUUAUAACGUGAACGAUUCGGAACUAUAUCCCGAAAUGUCCGAGCCUCCUCUAGAAAAUGGAAGGAUCACUGAUAUGGUUUGCUGUAUCAUGAAAUUCGAUGCCCAUCGCCUCAUGCGGCAAUCUAAGGUUUUUCCAGCCCACAUACGAAGAUGGGUAGACUUCCAAAUGCCUCUUUCUGAGAAAGAUAAGUUGACCAAUAUGGUCGAAAAGUUAUACCAGGAGAAGUAUGUACAACAUUGCGAUCCUAAAAUUCCUCUCCACAACCUGGCUCUACAUUUGGCCAAAGCGGCCAUUUCUCGAAUGAUAUUUCGUGCCCAUCAUCCUCGAAAUAAUCCAGAACACUCGGCUCCACAAGAAAGUGAACUAGUAUUUCUUCACAGCGUUCGUUUGAUAGAAUACGAUAACUGCAUACGGCAUACUAAAUUCGCUCAACAGCUGCUUAGGCAUCUCAUCGCCAAGACGCAGCUUGAUGCACUGAUCUGCGUCUUGACCGGAUUGCAGCGGCGAACGGUAGGAGAGUUGGUGGAAAAUGCAUGGAAGCAGAUCGACAUAUUCUAUCGUGAUCACAUAUCACUUGUGGAUGACACCGAAAAUACGUUGUACAAGGCAAUGGGGGAUUUAGCUCUCAAAGCGUGGCAAACACGAGCAUCUUCUGCACUCUCGCAGACAAGGCCUGACUUCAUAUCGAGACUAUUGCAUAAAAGGAGCAACCGACAUGCUAUCACAACAGAACCUCACAACACAUCUGCAGAUUUCUCAGGGGCUCCAUCAUUUCAAAAAGACCAACACCAUACCGCGUCUGCGUCUCUUGUUGCUACUCCGACUGUAGGAAUUCCGUUGGAUACCCCUGAAGCGGACUGGACCUUUUGGGAUGGUCUACUGGCCGACCCCGAGUUUGGUAGUUAUGGACAAGAGAUGUUAGGCUAUAACAUUGGACCUUGA